AUAAUACCUAAUCGUAUCGUACCUAUAUAAAAUAUAUUUAUGACGAAUUAUAUUAUUUUGUCAUAUCAAUUAUUAUUGUGCUUAUGUCUAUAAAACUUCAUUGAUUUGAUAUUGUAGUUUUAAUGAGAGUUUUAUUCUUUUAUUUAUUAAAUUAGUUAAAAUUAUUUUUAAUUUCAACUAAAUGUUAAAUCGUACAAUUUUAAGUCAUGUUAAACUCGAUAUAGUUAAUAUUUGAACUUAAACACGAUAAAAAAUUCGUACAUACCAAAAAUUAUGUGGACUAUUUUUUCAAGAGACUCGUCCAAAGAUUUUCCAUAUGAAAUCACCGAUUGUGGAAAUUAUGAAUUCAACAAGAAAAGUUUAUGGAAUUUAAACAAAGGAAAGAAAAAGGUAAUAUUAUACUGUUUAACUGUUUAUAUUACAGACUUUAGGUAAUUUAUUAUGUAACUUAAAAUAUUUAACAUUUUUCUAUUAUCAUUAUCUUUAGUUAUUUAAAUUUUUUUUUUACUUUUAUAGCAUUAAAUAAUUCAUUAAAAUGUUACUACCUAUGUAGAUAGUAUCUAUAAUAUAAUAAUUUAUUUGUUCUGAAAUUAAAUAUCAUUUAACAACAUAUGAUAUAUAUAUAUUUUAGUAUUUAUCAGUUAUUAUUUAUCAUCAUAAUUACUGGGAUUUAUAGCUUAAAUACUAUAUAGAUAGUAAAAAUUAAUAGUUUAAAAAAUAAUUUAUGGUUAUUAUUGCUAUUUAUGUUUGUCACUACAUCCUUCCAUUUCUCCCAAUCUUGAACAAUUUCCUUCCAUUCUUGCACUCCCUAAUCUUUAAGAUCCUCUUUUCCUAUGUCCUUGCCACUUCUUACUCGGUAUGCUUCGAGGACUCUUUUCUACAAAUUUCUGUUCCCAGUAAUCAUUUAUUAUUAGUUAUAUAAAUUUAAUGAAAACCAAAUAACAUUUUUAACUUUGGUGCUUAUUUGUUAUUAUAGUAUUCUUCAUAUUAAAUAAUGCGACUAAAAAAAUACUAAUGGCUAUGUAAUUUUUUUUUUUUACGUUAUCCGACCACCUACAUCCAAAUUAAAUUUAUAGAAUAUUUUAUUAUACCCUACCUAUAAUUUAUAGGUAGUUAAUUUAAUACUUAGGCACCUACGUAUGUCAGUCAAUAUAACUACAGUAGAAUUCGCUUAUUACGAUGCCAUAUAUAACGAUAUUCCAGAUAAAACAAUUCCCAGCUAUGUACUUGGUUGGUAUUUAUAUCUCAAAUGCAGUAAUUUUGGUCGGAUAUAAAGAUUUCGGUUACAAUGUUAAUUUAGAUAUAACAAUGGUAUUUUGAAAUGAAAAUUGGUUUUUUCAUUCACCUAUAACAAUAAAUUGGUUCAAUGCGAUAUAAUUCAUUAUCUAGUCUGUAAUACAUAAUAUAUGCGGCACAAUAUGUGUCUCUCUAUUUCAGUCACUUUUUUGAUUUCUAUUUGUUUAUUUAUGUUCUGUUCUUAAGAGAAUGCUAUACCCACAUGCGAUGUCUCAAUCCAACUAACAGGAAAUAUAACAAAAUUUUUUUUAAGUAGACUGUAUAGAAAUUCCUUAAUUUUGAGUUUAGAGUAAAAUCACCUAUUAUAAAAUUAAAAGAAGAUAAUAAUCUGGAGUGAAAAUUCAUUUUUUGAAAUGUUCCAGUCAUUUAAAAAUGGCAAAUUGGUUUUAUUUCUAAACAACAUAUUGAACAUCUUAUCUGGAAUAAUAAUGAUAAGAAUAAUUGGAAAAAUGAAUUUGAAGAAUUCAUUCCAGAAUAUUAACCCCUUAAUUUUACAAUAGGUAAUUUUAUUCUAAAACCAAAAUUAAACGAGUUUAGUUUGCGUAAGGUAGAUUUUGCCAUAUUGCACUUCUAUUGGACUGGGAUAGCGUAUCAGGGUAUAGCGUGCUCUUAAAAAUGUUGAAUAAAAACUGUCAUUUUUCUAUCAUUGAAAAAAUGAAAAUAAUCGAAUGUUUAAAAAGUGGUUUGUCUAAUAAAAAUAUUUGCCAAGCAUUGGAAAUACAAUAUACUUAUCACAUUAUAAGUCCUUUUUUUAUUCAUAAAUAUAGAAUAUGGUUUAUAUUAUAAAAAUGUGUUUAAUAAAGCAAUUUUUCAAUAAAAUUAAGGUUGUUUUUGUCAUUCCCAUAAAACAAUCUGAUUCUGUUAGUCCCUUGAAGAGUGCUAUAAGUGGAUUCUACUUUAUUUUUAAAUAAAAACAAUUUUAUUAGAUAAAUUUUGUUAUCAAAUUAUAAACUAAGUUCCUAUAUAUUAUAUUACACUUUUUUUUUUCUUAUAGAUUCCAUUGAAAUAUAAUUGAAAAUUUGAACUAUAUUUAUAUAUAUGUUUCUGUUACAGAAUACUGUUCAAGAAGUUUCUAUAUUUGAAUUUAUCAGUAAUGAUGACACUCUUGGAAAUGAAACCCGUACUGUACUUGCUAAAAGUGCUAUAAAACAUUUGAAAACUUUAAAACAUCCUAAUUUCAUCAGUUUUUUAGAAAGCUCCGAGGUAUAAAAUAAUUUAUUAUGGCAUCAUUAAUAUUGAAAUAUAUUUCUAAAUUUAAAAUUAUUCAAAAUGAUUCAUCUGGUUUAAAAAUUAGAUCAUAUAAUAUUAUAUGACUAAUUUGUGUAGAGAUAAGAUAAGGAUUAUUACAUAUAAAUUAUAAGUACAGUUAUUGAUAAAUUAAAUUAAAAAUAUUUUUCUAUCAUUAAAUGUUAAAAUUAAUAUUUGUAUCUACAAUCUAUCUAAAAUCUUAAAAUAUAUAUAGUUAAAUAUCAGAUAAAUCAUUUUGAAUUACUCUACAUUUAAAUGUAUUCUGAACAUCUUCAUAACAUAUACUUAUUAAAUAUGAAAUGUUUAGGUUAAAACAUCAAUAUAUUUGACUACUGAAUAUGUAGAACCACUAAAUUAUUUUCUGUCAUGUCAAGAAGACCUCAAUGAAACUAUUAUGAAACAUUAUAUAUCAUGGGGUAUAUAUAAUAUUAUUGUAAGUAUAUUUUUUAUUAUUAAAACUCAAAUGUUUAGUCAAAAAUUGUUUACAAACAUUACUUAGACUUCUAAUUGUUAUAGAUCUUAAUGUAUUAACAAGCACUAUGCCAAUGUUCUAUUGCUAUAGCAAUAGUAGUAAAUAAUAAUAAAACAAAUUGUUCUUAAAUUGCCAUAUUAUAAUGCAAUCAUUUUUUCAGCAAUAAAGAUAUGAAAUUUUAUUCAUAAAAGUAUGAAUGAAAAAGUUGAACUAACUACAAAAAUAGUAAUAAACUUUUAGGUACUAAUGAAUUGUGAUACAUAAAAUAAAUUAUGGUAGAUUAUAGUAUUGAUUAUAAAUUAAUUAUAUACCAUGUACAAUUAAUAAUCAAUGACUAUUGUAGUAAAUGUUUUGUAUCAAUUUUUUUUUUGUUCACUGCCUCAGACACUUGUUUCAAUUACUAAUAGUAUUUAUAAAUACAAUGUAAAAUAAUCAUGAUGGGUGUAUAAAUAAAUAAUAAUAUACUGAGUAAUAAAUAUAUAUACACAUAUAUAUAUAAACUUGAAUAUGUUUGGGAGCAUAUUAUAACUCUAAUGAAAUAGUUCAAUCCUUAGCCUAAAUCUCUUGAACUAAGUUGUACAGUUUCAGGUGUUUGAAGCACCUGAUGUUUUUUGAGUUGUUUAACAGUUGCAUUGGUGCGCAACUAUAAUCUAUGUACAUGUUUGUUAAAAACAAAUCUUGGUCUGGGUACUGGAUAAUCUUCAGAUCGAGAUGUAUGAUGUCAUUUGGACUGUACAGAGGGUGAUAUUUUAACAAAAUUAAAUUACUAAUGUUGAAUUUUCUGGCAUAUUUCCACAGCUGUAUACCCUAAGUCCAAAUCUGUUUAAUGAUAUAGCUAUGUAAAUGAGAAGUUUGUAAAGUCUAGUUUAGAAUAUUUUCUAACUAGCCAGUACAAUUUACACAUUUUUUUCUGUGAUUUGUAAUAUUUUCUAAAGAAUACGGUAUUAUAAUAAUUAGUUAUAAAAUAACUUUAUUAACUUUAAUUACUAUAAAAUUAAUUUAAUAAUUUUAGUAUAUAUAAUUUAAAAAAUAUGAUUUAUAGGAUCAGCAUUAUUACAGAUAUCUAAAAUAUUCACUAUAAGAUUAGUACCAUAAAUUAUUAUUGACUAAUAUAACAUAUUAUAUUUUUACAUGGAUUUAAUGUUUUUAACAUUUGACCUUUCAGGAAGGUUUGAAGUUUUUAAACUUUGAAGCAAAGCUAUGUCAUAACAAAGUUUGUAUUUGGUCAGUAUUUAUAAAUAAAGGAGGACAAUGGAAAUUAGGCGAACUGGAAUAUAUGAAUUCUGUUGACAGUUCUCCUCAAUCAGAUGUAAAUAAUUUUUAUCAUGCUCCAGGACAUCAAAAUACAUCAUAGUAAUUAAUCAUUAUUGUUCAAUCAGUACCCACAAUUGUUAUUUAAUAUUUUAAUCUGUAACUAGUCCUCAGAAAAAAUGUAGUACUCUACAUGGUUUUGGUAAUUAAAAAAACUAGGUAAUAAUUUUAAAAACCUAAUACCACUAUUUACAUAUAUUUCAUUUUAAUAUUAAAUUGAAAAAUAUAUCUUUGUAAUUGUUUUUGCUUUUAUUCAUUUUUUUAUAUUUUAAAUGUGAUAAAAAUGAUUUAUCAUUAUUUUUAAGCAAAUAAUAUACAGUGUACAAAUAUUUUAAAUUACAAAACCAAUAAAAAAUGUACUACUACCAUAAAAAAAAGUGAUUAGAAUUACAAUUAUUUAUCUAUUUAAAUAUCUUAAUGUAAAUGUUUAUGUUUUUCAGUUCCAUUGAUGUAUGGGGUCUUGGUAUACUUAUAUGGGAAAUUUUUAAUGGUCCAUUAUCUCACAUAUCAAACUUAAAAAAUAUUAAAAAGGUAUUUAUGUAAUAAAAUCAUUUGUUUCAAACAAAAAUACAUUAAACAAAUUAUUGUAUAUUUAUCAUCUAAUAGAUUCCUAGUGAGAUUUUAAAAAUAUAUCCGAAGUUGAUAUCUGUAAAUCCUACAAAACGCCCGUCAUAUGAUGUAAUAAUUUCUUCAUUACAAGAACAAAAAUAUUUUGGUCAUGACUUAGAAAAAACUAUGACAUCACUGAAUAAUUAUCAUUUGUUGGACACUGCACAAAGAACUGCAUUUCUGGAGAAAUUGCCUAAUUUGCUUGAUACUUUCCCCAAAAAUAUCACUCAACACCAUAUAUUACCUAAGCUUCUUGAAAUGUUUAAUUAUGUUAAAGAACAAAAAAUUAUAUUUCCUUCAAUGAUUAAGGUAUCUUUUUCAUUCAAUUAUGUUUAUUUUUUCAUUCAACUAAUACACUUUUUUUUAUGUUAGCUAAGUACAAUGUUAAAUGAUGAUGAAUUUGAAAAAAAUAUUAUACCUUGUAUUAUUAAACUGUUUGAUUCUAAUGACCGAGCAACUAGAUUAUUAUUACUAAAUCAAAUUGAGUUAUAUGCUGGUAAAUAUAAUUCAUUUAACAUGUGUUUUAAGUUAUCAUUAUAGUUUAAAUAUAUUUAUUAUAUUUAUUUGAAUUUACUUUAAUCUAUAUAUAUAUUUAUAUUAUUAUUAUGUUUUAGAUCGUUUAAAACCUGAUUUAUUAAAUGCAAGUAUUUUUCCUCUGUUAGUGAGUGGCCUUGCUGAUGCUAAUCCUAUUAUUAGAGAAUUGACUAUUCGAGUAUGUAAUAUAUAAAAUGUUAGUAAAAAAAGUUUUUUAAAUAACCUGUUCAACAAUUUAUAUUUAGAGUAUGAUUCCUAUCAGUUCAAAAUUAAACUAUAACAAUAUAAAUGUGGAGUUAAUGAGACAUUUUGCUUGUUUACAAAUGAAGGAUAAUCAGGUAUAGUUUUAAAAUGUUUGUUAUUUUAUAAUAUUGUAUUAAUACAGCGGUUCUCAACCUAUGGUACGCGUACCACUAGUGGUACGCGAAAAGCUCAUAGGUGGUACGCGAAGAAAAUUUCUCUUUAUAAAAAAAUUUGGAAUGAAUCAUUAAAUAUUAUUUGGUUUAUUUGAUGGUGUGGAGGUCGUUUGUAAUCGUAGCAAUUAAGAUAGCGAUAUUCUAUAUAUAUAUAAUAUAAAUCGAUAAACUUUAUCAAAUAUACCCGAUAAAGCGUAUUCUUAAUUCACAAUAAUGCGUUUUUACCUUAGUUUCGUGAGUUCUUUCAGUUUAUUCACGAGUGUCAUACGAAUUGUUUGCAUCAAGUUUAUUUUAUAUUAAAAUUUUACAUUUUUAUGUAGUUUUUUCUAACUUUUUUGUGAUAUAAAAUUAAGUAAAAUGAAAAGAUUUUUCGAAAGCGGAAGCUCAAAUACUAAAAAACAGAAAACACAGGCGAAUCGUAAAUAUGACGAUAGUUACUUACAAUUUGGAUUCGUUGUAAAAUUUGGUUCUGAGAAUUCUACUCCGUUACCUCAAUGUGUAAUUUGUCAAGAAACACUUUCGAAUCAAAGCAUGAAGCCAUCGCUACUUAAGCGCCACCAAUUAUCGAAGCAUCCAGAAACAGAAAAUAAACCUAUUGAAUUUUUUCAGAGAAAAGUUACUAUUUUCCGAAAGGAAUCGAAAUGCAUGUCNAUGUUUUACAAUAUUUCCCUGAGGAUAACUCAGAAAUGAAAUGGAUCAUAAACCCUUUCGUAGAUGAUUAUAUUAAGAAUAUUCCAGAUGGCAUUUUGGCAAAAGAAUUAUUUAUUGACUUAACCAGUGACUCUACCCUAAAAACCGCUUUCAAUAACAAAAAUAUCACUAAUUUUUGGCUGGACGUGAAAAAAGAAUACUCGGCAUUGUCCACACAAGCUUUACAGUUUUUAAUCCCUUUUGUAUCAACAUAUCUGUGCGAAAAAACAUUUUCUGACUUAUUGUACAUAAAAAAUAAAUAUAGAAGUAGAUUAAACGUAGAAAGUGAUUUAAGACUUAAAGUUACCAAUUUGGAGCCCGAUAUUGAUGUCAUCGUUCGUUCAAAACAACACCAAUCGUCUCAUUGAAGUAAAAAGUAAACCAUAAUAAUUAUAAUAAUUUUACAUAUUUAAUUUGAUUUAAUUUAAUUUCUUUUUGUGCAUUAAUUACUUUAUAGUUUAUUAUAUAUACAUAUUUAUUUUAUAUUAUCUCAUUUUGUAAUUCCUAAUAAAAUAAAAUUCUAUACAUGUAACAUAAACGUAUACAUUAUUAAUAAGCAAAAAAAUGGUCAGGUGGUACGUAGAAAUUUUCAAGUGGUGUAGGUGGUACGCGACUAUAAAAAGGUUGAGAACCGCUGUAUUAAUAUAUUAUUUUACUAUAGGAUAGUAUAAGAACGAAUACAACAGUUUGUCUCGGGAAGUUAGCUCAAUAUUUAGACCCAAAAAUCAGGAGUAAAAUAUUGUCUUCAGCAUUUUGUCGUGCACUUAAAGAUCCAUUUCCACCAUCAAGAAUAGCAGGUAUAGUAAAUUUUUAUAUUUCAAGUUACAAACAAAAAUAACUUGUUAUUGAAAUAUUUAGGUGUGUCUGCAUUUUCUGCUACUCAACAGUAUUAUUCUUUACUGGAAGUAUCAACCAGAGUUUUACCAGCUCUUUGUCAAAUAACUGUUGAUCCUGAAAAAAGUGUUCGAGAUAUAACUUUCCAAACAAUUAAAGGUUUUUUAGGAAAACUUGAAAGUGUAUCUGAAAAUCCAAGUUUAAAAGAAAAAAAUGGUGAAAACAAUUACUGUUAUCAUCUCAUACAAAAAAGUAUAUUUUAUUAAUUUGCUUUUGCUACUAUUAUUUUAUAGAAGAAGAAUUCGCUACAACUAAUCCAAAUAUACCCACAUGGGCUGGAUGGGCUGUCACAACAGUCACUUCCAAAUUUUACUCAUCUAAGAAUAUUGAAAAAAAUGAUAAAUCGACAGAAUCUUCAAAGAGUUUGUAUUUUUUUAUCACUAAUUAUAAAUCUAGCUGGUUCCAUAUGAAUGGUGUAUUUUUCCAGUAUUGGUUUACUGGGGGCCAGUUACUAAUCAUGUGCAACUAGACCACACUGGUACAAUUUAUUAAUCACUAUUUGUUUUCCCAUCAACUGUUGUUAAAUUAUGCACAAAUUAAAUAAACUACCCAUGUUUGUUAUGACACUCAUAGUACUCUCAUGAAUUGGCUAGCCUUUGGCUGACUAUAAUAAUUUAGGAUGGAUUUGAAUAUCAUUGAAAAUAUAUUUUAUACAAUUUAUUAGUUGUCUGGGAGCUAUAGCCAAUGAUCAACAAAGUGUGUCAAUAUUCAAUGAGUGAAAGAUAUGACUUAAUCAGUUAAUAUUUACCAAACACUACGCUGGUUAAAUACAUUAUUCAUGUGGGACCAGAUUUAUGCACAGGAUUACUUUGAUUAAUUAUUAAAUCAAUAAAUAAUGUUUUAGGUAAUUUAAAACUAAACAGUUCAAAUUCAAAUAAUGGUACGAUGCACAACAAAUUACCAAAUGCCAUUGAUAUACAUGAUUACUAUGAAAAACCACAGGAUAAUAUUUUACAGGUUACAGAUAUUUUUCUUAUACUGUGAAUAAGAACAUUAAUAAGGCUUGACUGACUAAAAGUUACAGAGAAAAUUAUAAAUACUCAAAAAUGAUCUAGCUUUAACAUUCAUACAAAUAUACCACAAUGAUUUGUCUUGUAUCUUUCAAGUUCAGCUACAUAAUUUAAAAUUUAUUAUACCUAUCCAUAAAAAACUAUAAUAUUAUUAUAUUAAAGUAUUCUGUAGCAAAAGUUAAAAUUUCUGAAAAUAAUUAUUUAAUGGUUUUAUGAAAAAUAACAUACACUUUUACUGAAAAUUAUACAAUUAAUAGUAUUUAUACUAUUAUAGAGAUUAGAGAUAAAAAUUAUAUUUUCAAAGUUAACUACAAUAUUAAAUAUAUAUUUAUAAACAUUUAACUUUUAUAUUAUUAGGAACCACAAGAAUAUACAAAUUCUGUAACGGUAUCUAUUUUACCCGAUCAUUGGGAUGAUAAUUCAGGAUGGAAUGUUACAGAAGAUUGGGAAAACAUCAGUAAUACUUCUUCGGUAAAUAAAAUGAAUGAUCAUUAUUAAUUAUUUUCUUAAAAUCUAAUUGUAGUUUAAAAAUCUUUGUUAUAGAACUCUGAAAAAGACAAAACCAAUUUUGGUUGGGAAGAUCAAGACCCAAUUAUUUUAGAUGAACUUACUAUUGCUAAAAGUGAGUACCUAUUUUAAAACAUUAAUUAAGUACAUGGAUUAAUAUACAUUUAAAUCUUGUUUUUCAGGAACAGAAAUUGAUCAUGGUGAAAUGCGUAAACGAGACAACAAAAAGCAACAGCCUUUUAAACAAUUAGAAAUGAAAUCUAAGUAGUUGUCUAUUAUAUGUUUUAUCUAUCUAUUAUAUGCUUUUUAAGUUAGUUUUUUUAUGUAUAUAUUUUAUUUAAUUGUAUUUUAAGAAACUAAUUUUAACUUCUUAUUAUUAGGGUUAUAGUGUAUACAUAUUUAUAUUUACAUGUAUAUUAUAUAUUCUCUUAAUUAUUUUUAAACAAUAUUUCUGUGUAUGAUAACAGAUUAUUGAGAAAAUAACUAAUAUUCCAAGUGUUAAAAGUGUGACAAUAGAAACUAACUUUUUUAUCUUGCCUGACACUAGAAAAUUGUAAUCUCAUUCUAGGUAUGACAAAUUAUACAUACAUUUUUGUUUAUAAACAAAUCUACUUAGAUAUUUAUUUACAUAAAUCAUUAUCCUUGUAUUAUAAAAACUAGAUUGUAGUAAUGUACAUGAAACAUUAAAUAAGUUGAAAUAAUUAACUAGGUACUUAUAUAAUGUUAUCGUCAAACAGAAAAUGAAAUAAAAUAAUUUUUAAGGAUAUACUACAGUAUUAAUUUAGGAUAACAAAUAUCACAUACAAAUUAGCAAAUAUUUGAUGUUUUAUAAUAUUAGAGAAUUUUAUAAUAUACUUCAAAUAAUUAUUUACACAAUAAGUAGUCAAGUAAAAAAAAUAAUAGUUUUUUUGUGUUCAAAUAGUAUCUUAGACACCUUUAUAAUUUCAAUAUAUUUUGAGUAUAAUUUUUUGAGGGCACUUUUUACAAUAUCCUGUAAAGUAUUAAUUAGCGCUAACUAUUAGUUAACCAAUACAAUUUAAAAAGCUAGCACCAUCAAACAGAAUAUUGUAAGAAUAACACUUAGCAUUUUUAAUCUUAUAUUCCAAAAUACUAUUUUAGUUUAAUGUUAAUUAACUAUUGAAAUAAAUUUAAUUAAACCUGGGUAUCCUAGUUGUUUUUCUAAUUUUUUUUACAAGGGUAAUCUAAUUGUAAAAUGUGUACUAGAAACAAGAAUUAAAAUAUUAUAAUUUUAAAAUAAUAGUGUACCUACCUACUGUUUGUUAAUUUGUAACUUAUUAAUUAGCUAUUUUAUAUUGUAUAAUAAUUAAUAAAUUUUGACUUAAACAG